AUGUUACAAAUUGCCCCAACAACAACACGCCUGCCUGGGGCCAACAUCAUUCAUGCCUCCUUUCAGAUUCCCAAUGCAACCGUCCCACUCUAUGGCGCUAUCCUGUCGCCGCCUCCCGAUUCAGCAGCUCCGAGCCUGAAAGACGCUUACAACACCUGGUACUUCCAGCUCCUCGGCGAUCCAACGAUGCACGAUCGCAUUCGUGAGGCCUGUGCACGGAUCCUCAGAAAAAUGAGCCUCCUCCACAACAAUCUGGGGCCCAAACGACCUCUGAAAGGUGCACAGCCGGAAGAGCUCUUUCUGCCUCUCGCGCAGAGGUGGCGGCUGAUUGUCGAUGUGGUGCUGCACCACAAAAAGGUAUGUGAGAGGGUUGUCUUUGCCGAUGAGAGCACGUUGGAAGCGUUUAUCUCGCAGCCGGUGGAGUUCGUGGAGAGCUUGUAUUGCACAGGUGGAGAUGGGUCGGAGGAGGAGAAGAAGAAGGAAGGGCGUGGAGCGUCUUCGAUGGUGAGGAGAAGUGUCGUGGUGGGAGAAGGAUAUAAAGGCUUGCUGACUGCCAUCGACGUACGACGACUUUGUAUUAGUGAUGAGAAGCAGUGA